AUGAAAUACAGCUGUUGGGUGUUGAGGAGCGUGAGCCAAACAUCAACAAAGCCCGACUCGCCUCCCGCACCGUGCAUGUAUUGCCCUGCUGUUACGUGCCGUGUUUCACCGGUGGUUGCCGUGUGGGGGUGUUCAGCCUUACAUGAGUUAGGGGUGCUCCAGAAGGACAGUAAUACGAUAAGCUAAGUUAUGAGGAAUAGAUAAGCACUGAGACCCUCACAAGACCAUGAACAAAGUGGACUCAGGCACCACUGAAAUGAGCUGCCCCCUCAUCCUCGACUGCCAUAUUGAAAACAGCCCAUAGUGAAGCAGAUCAGAAGUGUUUAUCACCAUUAUUCAAAUCACAAAUCUAUCCUAACCUAACAUCAGCGAGCUGAGGUGACAAGAAAAAGGGUCCAGGAUGGAUGGGGAGGUGUUGAUGGAAGUGCCGCAGAAGCUGCAGAUGUUGGUGCGGUUGGUUGUGCGCGGCUUCUACACCACUGAGGACAUCCUUAUUGUUGACAUGCUGGUCCGCAACUUCUGCAUGAGUGAGGAGGACCUGUGUGACCUGCUGAAGUUUGACCGUAAGAUGCUGAGGCAGAGGAUCAGUACACUGCGGGCUGACCGCUUCAUUCAGGCGCGUAUGAAGAUGGUCACCCUUGAGGACAACAAAACUCAGAAGGAACAGUAUUAUUUCAUUAACUACAAGAGUUUUGUUAAUGUUGUAAAGUACAAACUGGAUCACAUGAGGAAGAAGCUGGAGAUGGAGGAGCGAGACCAGACCAGCCGAGCUUCCUUCAUCUGUAACUACUGCCAGCGAGCCUACACUGACCUGGAGGCUGAUCAGCUGCUUGAUAUAACAACUGGGCAACUGCUGUGCAUCAUCUGUAAGCAGGAGGUGCAGGAAGACAUGUCAGGGAUGCCACGCCACGACACCCGCCUCCUCCUCACCAAGUUUAAUGAGCAGAUGGAGCCACUGUUCAAUCUUCUGAGAGAGGUUGAAAAUAUUAAACUGGCAGCAAAGUUCUCAGAGCCACAACCCAAAGACUUCAGUGACAUCAAGAAACCAGGACAAGCCAAGCUCAACAAGGGUCCUGGCAGUGAUGGUUCUCGUAUCUGGUCCGGGGAUGCCACCAAGAGAUCAGGAUUCCAGGUUGAAGGCUCGAUAGACGUAAACAUCAAUGCUGACGGAACUGGUGAGGAGACUGUACAGACCAAGGAGAAGCCCAUCUGGCUCUCGGAUGCCACCUCACUCAUCACCACCAACAUCACUACCUCAGACACCUCCAAUUCACAGAAUGAAAGCAAGGCAGUGCCCUCAUCCAGCAGUCACCCGCAGCAGGGCAGCGGGGAUGCCAGUGGGGCAGAUGAUGUCAUGGUGCUGCUUCAGACCCACGAGCGGCAUGCCAAGAAGGGACGGUCGCGUCGUGCAUCAGACAGUGACUCAGAUGACAGUGGAGAUGAAGCAGCCAGAAGAAAAAACACAGGAUCCAGGCCUACGCCUGCUACCUCUGGCCCAGCGUUUGGUGUUCAGCCAAAGAACAACCCAGUGGAGGAGGUGAUAGAUCUUGGAGACUCAGAUGAUGAUGAGGACGAUGACUCAGUGCCAACAGUGAGUGUGGCAGGGGAACAGGUGGCCAUCACAGAGGUGGACAACGCCCUCAUUGCUCGCAUGACUCAGGAAGAGAAGAACGCCUACAUGCUCUUAUACCAAGACUACAUGGGCUCACUGGAUGAUUAGCCCACCAGGAAAGGAAGGAGGCAAAGGGUGGAUUAUAUGACCUCCUUUCCUGCUCUCUUUUGGUAUGUGUUUAGGAGGAUCAUGUGUUCCCUGCAUCAUAGAAUCAUAGAGUUGGGUUGUAAUAGUUUGUAUGUGUCCCUACAGUGUGAAAGGGCAGAGUUGCGGUCAGGGAUGGAGUACGUAUUCAUAUUCGAUAUUUGUAUUCGAAUACUACAUUCAAAUACUGUAUUUGGGUGUAUUCUUAUUCAAAUGAUUAUUGAUAGAAAGCAAAGUAUUCUCAUUCGUAUUUGAAUACAAGGGAAAAGUAUUAGUAUUCUGCGAAUAACCUGUUGAAUAUUUCAAAGAAUGUAGUCAUGAAGACUUUCAAGAAGCAUUUGUAUUUGUAUUCAAAUUAAAUAAUUUCAGUGUAUUCGAAUUCUUGUUCGCAUUCGUUGGAAUUUAUAGGAUUCAUAUUCAUAUUCAAAUACACAGCUCUUGUAUGCACUCCAUCCCUGGUUGUGGUAUGACAGCUUUUGUGAGUGGGGAGAAGGUGUGGAAGUCUUGUGUGAGUUUGGAUGAGUGUGGUUUGGGUAUGUUUGUGUGUUUGGAGUGCUUGUUAUGUCUUGUCAUGUUUUUGUAUUUGUGAAGUAAUGUGAAAGUGAGUGUGAUUGUUUCUUUCAAUGGCUAUGGUGCUUUGUGUGCAAGUUUGUGUGUGUUGAAGCUUUUCAGGGGGUGAGAGAGGAUGGGGUGUUAUAGUCGGUUCACCCAAGUCUGAAGUGAGCAUUAUUGUGCGCUGGCAACCUGCUGUUACGUGGCAUAUCUGAUUUUGUGGAUACCGUAUUCUUGCCUACGCAUAGUAAACAGUCGUCAGUGUCAAUAAUAUGCAGGGAGCAAUAACAGAUACUAUCAAUUAUAACCAAUUUUCAGUUAAAGAAUAGUAAUGUCGCAAAUAGCUGUUAUGUUAAUUUACAAGAUCACUGAUUAUUAUUAUUAAACAGCCUUGAAGCUGUCCAUCACCAAGAAAAUUAGCAGGCUUUAAAUUAACAAAACAGCUAUUUACGACAUUACUAAUAAUUUUUAACUGAAAAUCGACUAUAAUUGAUGGUAUUUGUUAUUGCUGCCUGUAUAUUAUUGACACUGACGACUGUUUACUAUGCGUAGGCUAGCAUACGUUAUCCACAAAAUCGGACACGCCGUGUGGCAGCAGGUUGCCAUGGCAUGAUAAUGCUCACUUCAGAUUUGGGUGAACUGACUAUAGUACAUCAGCUUUCCUAAUGUAUGUGAGAGUUUGAAUGAUAAUUUGUGUGAUCAUAAAGUUACAUGUGCAAGUUUGUGUAUGUUCAAGUGGUUAUCAUAUCUUUGUGAGUCGAUGAGUGUAAAUCCUUCUAUAUGUGAGGGUUGUAAUGGCAACUUGUUCGAUCAGAAGGUUGCUUGCUGUUCCUUCAUCUGUGUGAGUUGAAGUAUUCCUUUGUGUGGAUGGUUGUGUGCGAUACUCUAAAGUGUGUGUGGUUAUAGGUGGUACUUCUUUACUUGAAUAUAAAGAAAAUAUACAAACAAUAUUCAACUGGAAAAAAAUGGACAGGAAUUAUUCUUGUGUGAAGUGGUUGAUACACUUUUCUUGUGGUGUAGGAACCUGAAGGUGGUGCUUUAUGUGGGUGAAUGGAUGAAAACUGUAUUUUCUCAUGUAAGAUAAUGGUUAUGUGUGUGUACUGACUUUGGUCCAAAUGUAUUGUAUGUAGGAAUUAUAGUGUGAGAGUGACUGGAUUAGGGUUUACAUUUUUAUACUGUUUUGAUAGAGUAGAUGGAGCUGUUUGUAUUUAUUGACAUGAUGGAAACUGAUGAGUGCUAAAGAUAUACACUGGUUACUUAAUGUGUUGCAUAAUGUUGAAACUUCGUUGUGUACAGAAGCUGGAGCAGAUUAACACAUUAUUUGGAACUUAUAUUGCUUUCCCUCCGAAGCAUCCAUAUUGCUGUGAUAUAAUCUAUAGUAAGAAGUCUACUGCCCUUUUUAAUUAUGAUCCCAGUAUUUUCCUUAAUACUUACAAUGUAAAUAUAAAGUUAUCAAUAGUGUAGUAUAGGGAACAUACAUGCAUUACAUUACAUUUAUUAAGUUAAUAUAUUGUGUAGCCAAACUAGGGUAGGCAAUAGUUUUAUUUUUAAAGAUAAUGUUUUUAUAAUACAUGAUACCUUCUGUGGAUAAUAUCUCUAAGUACAAAUAAAUAUCUAAUGUUACACUGGGCCCCAAGGCUCUGCUCUGGACGUGUAAGAUUGUUGUUGCUCAUAGGAAUGCUCUCGUUAUUAGUGUUAUGUAUUAUUUAGAGGAUAUGUCCAAUAGCUCUUAAUACAGACCAGCUCCUAAGGCCACCAUGAUUGCUGGUCACUUCUGUGUGUUAGUUCUGACUGGUGCACAUUGUUCCAUGCAACAGUUGUGCCAGCACCUGUGUUGACCGUGUAGGUGAGGCUGAUUACAAGUUCUGACAUGA